CUCCGCACAGGGUAUUAGACAGGGCAGAGCUGCCUGGUCUAGGCACUGGGAUGCGCUGAGCUCUGCAGAGCGGAGCCCUGGCCAUGCUGCCCUGCAAUGGGGGGAAGCCCCUCUGCCCGGCCUGCACCCCGUGCUCAUCCCCAGCUCCGAACCUCCCAUCCCUGAUCGCGCCCCUCGGCCCUUCCCCCGCCUCCAGGUGCCUGGCCAGCCAGUGCCACCGCUUCGGGCCCCUCCCCCCGGAGACCUGCCGCUCUAGGUUCCGGAGAGCAGCAAUUCCCAAGUCAGGGCAGCGUGAAGGCAGCGGCUUCAGCAGCCGUUAGUGAGCAUGCUCACUUCACUGGCGCAUGCUCAGAACCAGUUGUCCGGCCCCCUCCUAUUUCUCUCCGGUGCUCGCUGCCAGGGCACCCCGGCAACCAGCAUCGUAGCAGGCAGGGGCGGGGCGGGGAUUGGAAGCGCCGCUAGCUCAACCGGCUGGUAAAGGCGGCGCUGCUGCGGACAGCGAUGGGGCUGUGACGGGGGAAGCCAGAGCCGCAGAGCUCGGCUCGGAUGUUCCCGCCGUGGGACCAGGGGGAACGGCCGCUCCUCCCCAUCGUCUCUUAAAGGGCUAGUAGCAGCGCCCCUUUCACUGUGCGAAUCAGCCCCUUCCCGCAGCCCUGGCGCCGCUCCCCGUCACUGCUCUUUCCCGCUCGUUGUCUCUCGCUUCCUCCCUCCGUUCCCUUUCACUUCCGGGGUCAGAGUUGCCGCGGCUGCUACUCGGUAACCAGUUUCUGUCUGGAGCCCGGGCAACGGAGCCGGCAGCCGCCCGCGCUCUCUGAAGGCCCCGGUCCCCCCAUGGCCAGUAACCCGCAGCCCCAGCCCCCUCCUCCGCCGCCCCCUCCUCCGCCCCCACAACAGCAGCCGCCGCUGCCCGGGGCCUCCGGAGGGGGCGGUGCGGUGGAGCCCGAGCUGGUGUCCGUGAUUGUUAAUCACCUGAAGAGCCAGGGGCUGUUCGACCAGUUCCGCCGAGACUGCCUGGCCGACGUGGACACCAAGCCUGCCUAUCAAAAUCUGAGACAACGUGUUGACAACUUUGUUUCCAACCAUCUGGCAACUCACACUUGGAGUCCUCAUCUCAACAAGAAUCAGCUGAGAAAUAAUAUUAGGCAGCAGGUUCUCAAGUCUGGAAUGUUGGAGUCUGGAAUUGACAGAAUUAUUUCUCAGGUUGUGGAUCCAAAGAUCAACCACACAUUCAGACCUCAGGUGGAAAAAGCUGUUCAUGAGUUUUUAGCCACAUUAAAUCACAAAGAGGAAGCAAGCCCCAGUACAGCCCCUAGUGAGGAAAAAGCAGAUGCUUCCAUCACAGUACAAGGCGUUUCUACUACUGCUCCUAGUGCUAAUGUAGCUAGUGAUGCCAUGUCCAUUUUGGAAACAAUAACUUCUCUUAACCAGGAAGCAAGUGCUGCCAGGGCUUCAACAGAGAAUACAAAUUCCAAGAACAGUGACAGAACUUCAAAAAGAUUAUCAUCUCAACAGAGUGUUGAUGGUAGCACAGAGAGAGAGCGAAACUCAGAAGACUUGCCAGACCAAGAGAAACCCAUUUGUGAUUCUUCAGAAGGAAGUGAAGCAGUUGCAAAGUGUGAAGAUUUAAAUGAACUCCCCUGUCCAAGUGAAGAAAUCAAAAAUUCAACAAAAGAUGUUAACAAUUUAAUUCAUCCAAGCAAAGAAAUUCUACAGGAAAGUGAUGACCAGAAAAGUAAAUUAACAGAUAAAGGUGACAGGAAACCAGAGAGCACUGAGAAAGGGGAAAGAAAAAAAGAGAAAAAAGAAAAGAAUGACAAGAAGUUUGACCAUUCAAAGAAGAAUGAUGAUGCCCUAAAAGCAAAAGAAGAGAAGCUAGUGAAAGAGAGAGAGGCAGAAUCAAUAAAACAGUUGGCUCCUGAAAAAAGCAGCAGUAAACACAAGAUAACAGAAGGUGUAAAAGAAGAACAUAUUUUGGAGGAUUCAGAUGUGGAUUUACUCAGUGAUAUCACUGUUAGCUCUGUCCAUACCAGUGACCUCUCUUCCUUUGAAGAAGAAAGUGAAGAGGAAGCUGUGGUUUCCGAUAGCACUGAGGAAGGAGAGAUCACAUCAGAUGAUGAAGAAGAGAAGAACAAUCAGAGUAAAAUAAAGCCUCAGACUAAUGAGGUUUGCGAUGGAAAAGCCAAACCUGUCCGUCAUGCAUAUGUUCACAAGCCUUUUCUGUACUCCAAGUACUACAGUGAUUCCGAUGAUGAACGGACUGUAGAGCAACGCCGUCAGUCUAUUGCCAGAGAAAAAGAAGAGAGACUCUUAAGGAGGCAGAUUAAUAGAGAGAGACUUGAAGAGAAGCGUAAACAGAAGGCUGCAGAGAAAACAAAGUCUCUGAAAAGUGGGAGUCAGGGUGCUGAAGGUAAAAGUGGCCUGAACUUGGAAGAGUCUUCGACAAAAGAUUUUGAAAUGAAACUUACUGGUACCAGCAUUAAGGAUGUUCUUAAAGAACAGAAGUUUUUAGAAAAAAAAGUAGCCCUGAGCAGGAAAAGAAAAAGAGAUUCAAGGUACCUAUGUUUUCCCUUCUCCUAUACCCGGGGACUUCACCCAUUCUACAUGAAUUCUCAAAGGCAUGUUGAAGAUAGUUGGGAAAAGAAAUACGAGCAUCCUGAAGAAGAUUCCAAAGAAACACAAAAGACAAAUGAGACCUGUGAAAAAAUCUCUUCAAAGGAGGUGAAGCAUAAUCAUGGAAAAAGCGAAGUGACUAAGCCUGUUAGAAGAGUUUCAGAGUCAAUACAUUCAACUGAGGAAAGCAAAAAUGAUCCUAAAGUGGAAAGAGAACUUAAAAGAAAAACAUCUACCUCUCUUCAGAUAGAAGGAACGCAGCAGGACACGGAAACCAGGGAUCCCAAAAAGCAGCUGGAGAGAGCUGAGAUUAUUAGUACUGAUGAACUGCAGAAGCAGAAAUAUGCCUUUAAAAAUGAAAAACAUCUGAAAAAAGAUGAUACAGAAAUUCAAAAUUUAAGAAUUGUUGCCAAGAAAGAACUCAAAUCAGUUAGAGAUAAAAAUGAAAAAGAGAGAACUCUUUCAGAAGAGAAAUUGUUAGUAAAACAUAAAUGUAAAGGAGACAGUGUAUAUAAAAUAAGCGAUGAUAUUGACCUCCAUUCUUUUGAAAGAAGCUUGAAAGGCGAGGAUAGUGUUCAAAAACAUAAUCAACAAACAAAGGUUCCAUCAGAUGACAAAUCUGAAAGAAAAAGUAAACACAGAAGUGAAAGGAAAAUAACAACUAGCAAAGAUGGAAAAAAUGUUUCUGAAUACACUUUAAAAAAUGAAGAAAUGGUGCGUAAAGAAAAUAACAAAAAAGACAGACACAUUUCAACAGAGAAGUCAAGAGCGGAAUACAAGACCAAAAGGUCAUCAAGUGAUUCUAGGCCCCAGAAGGAUUCUCAGGGUAAUUCUAAGCAACUUGUUUCUUCAUCACAGAGAAGGAGUGAAAGCUAUUCAGAAGAUAAACAUGAAAUAGAAUCAACUAAUUCAGAUAGUAAUUUAAGGCAAGAAGAUAGUAUUUACAGAGACAGACGAAGAUCGAAGAGCUUCUUAGAAGACAAGUUUUUGUUAAAGUCUAAAUCUAAGAGUCACAGUAAACAAUCCAAACCAAUUGAAACAGAAUUACAAGAAAGUUUUACAAAACACGAGACUGUUCAAAAACCAGACAAAGAUAAGAACAUGGAAGAGAAUGACACAGAUAAACAACGCAAAUCCAAGAAUGAAGAUAAAGUUUUUGAAGAAAGCAUUGUUGAUUUUGAGCUAGAAAGUGGGAUGCGCUCAAUUUAUAGUUCACAAAAAGACAUUAGUCACAGAGUUAAGUUACAAGCAGGCGAAAAGGUAACUGUAAAAGAGAAGAAUAAGAGUGAUAAAGAUUUAAGUUAUUCCAAACUGGAAAGAAAGCUGUCAGUAGAAGGUCACAAAAGCAGAAACUUAAAGCAUAGCAAUAAGGAAAUGAAGAAGAAGGAAGAGAGUAACAAAUUGGAAGACAAAGAUAUUACAGAAAUGGAUGGUAGCCAUGAAAAGGUGCAAGGGAUUAUGAUUAUGGAUAAAAAGUCAAGUAAAAAAUUAUCUUGUGAAAAUAAAAAAGGAAGCUUGUCAGCCCAUGAAAUGACAAUGGAAGAGGAAAAAUUAGCAACUGAUAUAUUUGUAACCAGUCAUAUUCCAGCCACUCAAAGACCAUUCAGGACUAGUGAUGACUUGUUACAUUCUGAACAAGGAGAAGAGCCAAUGGAAGUUGAUUCAGAACAGACAUGUGCAAAGGUACAUGAAGCAUCUAAAAUUGAAGAAAAAAGUAGUAGUAAUUCACUACUAGACAUGGACUCUGAAAAUACUGCAAAAGAAAAUAUGAACCUACGUAAUUCAAAAAAUGAAUUAAGAAACAGGUUGGUGGAUUUUGAAGCAUGUGUAUCAGAGUUUCCAGCUAAUAGAAAUUCUGAACAAACCAUUGAACAUGAAAGAAAUCCUAUUGAAGGAGUUCAUGCACUAGAUACUAUGUCCAAACAAGCUUCUGAGGAUCAAGGACCCAUUAAACAGGGGGCAUAUCAAAUGAACAUUGUGUGUGAAACAAGUGGCAGAAUUUUACUUAAUGCUCCUAUUAAGGAGCAGACUUCAGAAGAUGUCAGAAAACCAAAAAAUUUAAACAAAGUCAAUCCUAUUGAAGAAAGUAUUUCUUUAGCAAUUAAUUCAUCCAGACAAGAUGCAUUCCAUAAAAAGUCCAUGAAUAUAUGUAUCUCAGACUUCACAGACUCUUUGCCUAAUGUAGCUAAAGAGGAAUCUCAUACUUCAGAUAAGAUUUCUUUGAAGAAAGACUCCUUUAUUUUAGACAAUAAUGCAACACAAACUGCAUAUGUGGAACAACAGGGUAGCCCUGUGCUAGGUUGUGUUAUGAAAGAAGCUGAGGUCACCAUGAUAAACAGUGAAAAAAAAGAUGGUGAGACUCGUCUAAUUGGUGUACAAACAUUAGGAGAAAACAUGGGUGACGUAAGUAUACAAGAAGGUUAUGAUCAAGUGACUAUGUUAGAUAGUGUGCAAGGAGGAAGUGCAUAUAAUGUAACUGGUGGAAUAGAAGGCAAAAGCUCGAUGACUGUCCAAGCUGCAGAUCAUGGAGGUGUAAGCAUGAAAAAAUCUGUCUUGAUGAACCUGGAGAAAAAAGGAAGUUAUAACUUAAAUAUAGGCACUGCUGCAAAGGAAGAAAAGGGUACCAUGGUGGACGUGGUCAAAAAGAGUGAAGGACAUGAUAUGGGUAACACAGUAGAAUCAUCUUUGUUGCUAGUGCCAAUGAAUGUUAUAAGAGUUCCAGAAGAAAUAAUUAAAGACUCUUUUAUAGUUAGUGGAGCAGGAGAAGGUGAUAGCAUAAUAACUGACACUGAAGAUAAAAGUGAAAGCAAUGUAGUGGGCACCAGUGCAGGAAGUGUUGAUCACAUAUACAACAGGCUAGAAACAACUGAAGCCACUGCAAUAGGAACUAGCGCAGAGAAAAUGAUUGAGAGCAGUGUAAUGGCCACUAGUACAGGAGAAGGAAAAGGUGAGGGUGCUACAAUACACUCUGAAAAGGAAAGCAAUGCCACAACUACUUGCUCAGAAGAAGAAAGUGAGGUUACUUUAAUCUGCACAAGCAUAGAAGCCGAUGAAGGUUUCACGACAAGUAUAUGGGCGAAAAGUAACGAAAGUGUCAGUUUCAGCACAGAAGCAGAUGGUGAGUGUACUGUUGCAGCAGCUGAAGAAGGUGGCGGUGUUGUCACUGGAGGAUUUGCAGAAACGGAAAGUUUCCUGACCAGUACAAAGGAAGGAGAAAGUGGUGAGUGCACCAUGAUUUAUACAGAAGAAAAUGGUAAAGUUUCAGUCAAUGCAGGCAGAAUAGAAAUUGAAGAUAAUGUGAACAGUGCUGGGACUGAAGAAAAAGAUGAUGCUGUAACUAGUGCAGGCUUGGAAGAAAAGUGCAAGACUUCAACUUGUAGACAUACAGGCAAAUUUGAAGGUUCUGUUACCUGUAUAGGUGAAAUUGAAAGUGAUGGUGCUGUAACCAGUGCAGGCACAGAAGCAGGUGAAGGAUCCAUGAGCAGCAACAAUUCAGAUGAAUGCCAGAGCAAUGUAACUGGUGCUGACCAGUUAAAAGAAAGUGAGGGUGCUGUGACUUGUACAGGUGCAGAAGAAAGAGGUCAUGGUUUCAUAAUUGGCUCAGUGCAUGCACAAGAAGACAGUGCUGUAACUGGCACAUGUGUUGAAAUGGUCUUGAACAACAGUAUCAUGAGUGGAACAAGUGCUGACAAAGGUGAAGAUACUGUAAAUGGUGAAAGUGCAGUGACCAGCACAGGCAUAAUAGGAGAAGAUGAUGCUGAGACUGCAACAAUCUGCACAGGACUAGAAGAUAGCAAUGAAGGUUUUGCAGUUGGCUUAGGCGUAGAAAAAUGUGAAAGUGCAAUGGACAGUACAGAAGCAAAAGAAGAAGCUACUAUCACUAUGAUCAGCAUAGGGCCUUGUGACGAUGAAGGCUUUGUGACUAGCACAGGUGCAAAAGAAGAGGAUGAAGAAGGUGAGGAUAUUGUGACCAGUACAGGAAGAGGAAAUGAAGAACUAGAACAUGCUUCAACCUGUGCAGGAAUAGAAGGUGAAAGUGCACUCAUUUGUAUAGCGUCAGAAGAAGGUGAAAGUUCCAUUUUCUGCAUAGUUGCAGAACAAGUAGAAGCUGAGUCUGGUAUGGCUGCCACAAAUAUAAAUAAAGAUGGGGUUGACAGCAAUACUGGUGCAAAGAAAGAAGCUAAUGGUGGCAUAAUCUGCAAAAGUGCAAAGGGGAUAGUUGAGAGCAGCGUGGCAAGUGUAAGCAUAGCAGAUGAAGACAUUCUGACCCCAAAUACAGAAAAAUAUGAGGAUGCCAUGAUGUCUAUAGAUGUUGAAGCGUAUGAGGGUCCAAUGACUAGUGUAGUGACAGAGAAAGAUAAGGGAAAGGGAAAGACAGAGAGAGAGUCUGCUGCUGCAGCUCAAGAAAAGAAUGACAAUAGUGCCGAUGGAAGUCAUGGCAGAAAAUGUGACGGUCCAAUAACCAGUGCAGUCACAAAGAAAGAUGAGAGUCCUCCUGCUUCUACUGAUGAAGAAAAAGCUAAAGGUGACGUGAUCUCUACCAGUACCAUAGAAGAAGGCGUUGCACCCAUGCCAUGUUCAGCCACAGAAAUUGAAGGUUCCCUCACUGUUGCAAGAACAGAUGAAAAUGAAAGUACUGUGGUCUUAAUAGACAAAGAAGAAUUUGAGGCUCCCAUGCCUAGUACAGCCACAGAAUUCAAAGCGAAUAUAUAUACUGCCAGCACUAAACAAGCAAAAGAUGAGUGUACAACAAUUUCCACCAGUAUCGUGGAAGAAUUUGAGGCUCCCAUGUCCAGUGCAGCUAUGGAAUAUAAUAGCCAGGUCACUGCUGCAAGAAAAGAAGUGAAUGAGAGUACUAUGUUUUGUAUAGACAUGGAGAUAUAUGAGGUUGCCCUGCCCAGUGCAUUCAGUGCUAGAGAUGAUGGAGAUCAUCCGACUGCAAGAGGCAAAGAAGAAAAAGAUGAGUGUGCUAUGAUUUCCACAAGUAUAAUGGAAGAACAAGUGAUCCUCGUGUCCAGUGAAGCCACAGAGAAUAGGAUUCAGCAUGUUGCUGCAGGCACAGAAGAAAAAAAUGACACUGCCAUGAUCUCCACAAGUAUGGAAUAUUUUGAGGCUCCUAUGCCCAGUGCAGCCACACAAGAUGAGGAUCAGCUCACUGCUUCAGGAACAGAAGGAAGACUGGAGGCUGCCAUGAUCACCAGAAGUGGGACAGAAGAAUGUGAGAUAGUCCUUAUCAGUGCAGCCACACAAGCUGAAAGUCAACUAAUUGCAGCAGAAAUAGAAGAAAAAGAUGAGAGUUCCGUGAUCACCCCAAAUGCAGCAGAAGAAUGUGAGGUUGUUGAGACCAGUGCAGUGAGAGAUGAGCAGCGUGAAAUAACUGCUCUAAACACAGAAGGAAAAAGUGGUGGUUCUAUGAUUAUUGUUAGAAAGGUAGUAGAAUGUGGGGCUCCAACGCUGAGAGUUGCCAGCAGCAGUGAAGAUCAACACAUUGCUUCAAGUAUAGAAGAUAAAGAGGAAGGUGCUAUGAUCACUCUCAGUACAAUGGAAGAAUGUAACAGUCUUUUCACCUUCUCAGUCAUAGAGGGAAGUCAGCUCGUUGCUGCAAACACUGAAGUAAAAGAUGAAAAUGUCAUCUUUAAUAGUACGAAAGAAAUUGAAUGCAUCCUGUCAUCUACAGGCCCAGAAAAAAGUGAUAGUUCUUUGCCUGUGGGUGAUGAAUGCAUAUAUAGGGGAGAAAAGGAGAUUCAUGAGGAUGCUAUGAUGGGAGAAUCAGUAGUAGCUAAGAUCACAUCAGACACUGAAGUUGCAGAAACCCCUGAGACUACAGUGAACCUCAUAAGUGUAGAUGAAGCCCUCUGUAUGGAAAUUAGUACAGAGUCUACAGUCAUUGUUAGCCCUUCUACAGAGAUGGGUGCAAGUGGUGAAAGAGCUGAAGAGUAUAUUCCAUAUGUGGAAGUUACAUCAGAAUCUUGUAUUCCUUCAGAAGAAGCAAAGAGGAAUGAUCAUUUUAAAAACAUAGACGAUAAUAUUAACAGUAGCUUAUUAUUAGAAAGUGACUUUUCUGAAGCAAGGACUUCACCUCCUAUGGCACAAACUCUUCCGCUACUUUCUGAACAUGAAAGCAAAUUAACUGUAAAUACCAAUCAGGGUGAAAUAACUGUAGAAGCAAAACUGGGAGAAAAGAGUGACUUCCCUCAUCAUAUGGAUAAACAAUUUGAGAAUGAUGGCAAAAGGAACACUGUGGAAGUAGAUGAUAACCUUGGAAUCAAAGUUUCUAUUCAACAAAAUACAAGCUUCAAUUCAGGCAAGAAAGAAACUUUACCAAUCUUGGUUGAAGAACUGGAACUGAAAAUGAACUUGAAAACUGAAGAGCCACAAAAGUCUAGAAGUCCAACAAGGGAAGAACUGCAUGAGGAGCCUCAUAUUGAAGAGUGUCUAAAAGAUUUGCCACUGAAGAAUGCUUCUUUCAAGAAAGACCCUAUAGAUGUGGAAAACUCUGACACACAAAGAGUUGAGGAGUAUAGCUGCAAAGAAAGGAAAUCUAAAUCUUCAGUAACUGCAGGUAAAGAAACAGCACAGGAAACUUCAAAUACCAUAGACAUGACAGAAGCAGCAAAUAUCCAGAUUGAAGUAAAAGAUGAAGAGAUAGAAAUACCUGAUCAGGAAAAAGUAAGCAGCAUGCCAGGAAUGGAAAAAAACCAAUCGCCUACUCGAGAAGGUGAAUCAGAUGAUUAUCCGAUUACUCAGGAUUUGAGAAAAGGAAACAAACAGAGUCAGUGCUCCAAAAUAAAAGAGAUCAAGGAUGUGACCUCUGGAGAUGUAGCUGAGGUAUCCAAAGAAAUCAUUAGGAAACAUGCACCUCUUUCAAAUACUGUGGAAGAAAAAGAUGAGUUAACCAGCAAGCAGGAUACCUGUGAAAAAGCAAAGCAGAGCCUGGAGUGUAAUUUAAGUUCUGUAGAGGAAAAUCAACCUGUAAUAGUUAAGCGGAAAAGAGGAAGGCCUCGUAAAUACCCUCUUGAAGCAGUACAGAGUAGGGUGGAUUCAGAAGCUGACAUAAACACUGGGAAUGUUCAACAGUCUCCAAUUCUUGCUACUAGAGGAAAGUUUUCUCAAACAGCUAAAGAGACGUCUAAUAAGAAAGAAACAGCAAAUGAGAGUGAGGCGGGAAAAGCAGAGAUGACUGUGCGUCGAAGAGGAAGAAAGCCCAGAUGUUCUGUGAUUCCAUCAGAGGAAACUGAAAUGCUGGAGCCGGAAAGAAAACGUCGGAAGUUGGCAUCUGCUGCUGAAGAGGAAACGAAAGAACAGGAGGAAGAUGAUGAUGAAGAUGAUGAUGAUGAAGAUGAUGAAACACACUCUGGAGCCACAACUAGAUCAGCCACGAGAUUAGAGGCUCAGAAAAAGCAGCCAAGCAAACCAACCACCCGUGCUGCUUCUAAAGGCAACAGCCCAAGUCCAGUUUCUCCUAAAAAACAGCAAAAUUCAGCAGCAAAAAAGAGGUCGCCUAGUGAGGCAAAAGUUAGCAAGUCUCCUCCAUUGGCACAGUUAAAGAUGCAGACUAGCAAGCGUAAAAGGGAAGCCAGCCCACCAGCGGUACGCAGAAAAGGCCAGCUGAAAGUCGACGAAACGCCAUUAAAGAGAACAAAGCGAUAAUUGUUACCAUCUGAUAAUAUUCAUGGAAAAGUUGGAAGAAAAGAGAGUGGUCUCUGCUUCUGUUUUGUUGUGUUAAAGCAAAGGUAUUUGCAUGUGCUUGUUUCUGAGCUCUAAGUUAAUAGAUGCAGAACUUAAGUUACAUUUUAAACAGUUUUAUAAACUAUGGUUUAUACAGAAUAUUAUACAGAUUAAAAAAUAAGUUUACUUUGUAUCUGAAAGAAAAACAAUUACAGAUUUUAACACUGACUCAGAAAGUUGGAAUUUCCCAAUGUGACAUGCUAAUACAGAUGCUUCCACUCCACCAGGCACCAAGGGCCUACUAAUAUUCUAUGUAUAUAAACUUGUAAAAAUAGGUUGUAUUUUACUGUGUAUGAAUCUAAUCAAUGAUGAAUGCUUUAUUUAUUGUAUGGAGAGGACUGGUCUGUAAACUUUAGUAUAUACCUUAGGUUUUAUUAAUGAUAUUUUAAAUUCUAUGCAGCCAUCAGUAGAAAUCUUUUUUUUUUUCGGGGGGGGGGGGGAGGGGAAGCGG